GAAAGGCUGACGUGCGUGUUCAUAGUGCAAUGCAUCAAUAUAAUUUCACAAAAGAAAUGCUGGCCAAUGCAAAGGUACUUGGACAGCUUGAUGGUAAAUUUAUAGCUUGUAUGCUGCACUCGGAGGGCAAAGUUGAAGUUGAGCCUAACUUAUUAGUCUUACUAGACCAGCAUGCUGCCCAUGAGAGAGUUCGACUUGAAAAAUUGACAUCUGAUGCUAUUGACAAUAGUGAAGAUGGAUUAAAUGAGGGAUUUUCCAAGGUUAGAAUUAAAUCAUCAAAGUUGCAUCCACCAAUAACCAUAACAUUCGCCUCCAAAGAGAUGAGACUGAUUGUUGGCUUCCGUGAUAGGUUUAAGAGGAUGGGCCUACAAAUGAAUUGUGCUGAAAAUGCUGUGGAAGUGACUAGUGUACCAGCUUGUUUCGUUGAACAUGACGUGAGUGAAAUGAAACAUGGACGAAAACCAGUAACAGCCGCAGUUGUCGAG